AUGACAACCGGUAACGUCGUUGGCGGCCACAAGGCUAACAUCAACAACCCCAACACAUCUGAGGAGUCCAAGCAGCACUCUCGCGAGGUCCUCGACAACGACUACGAUGGUGGAAAUGUCGAAACAGGUUCUGACGAGGGCAAGAACCCCAACAACAUCGCAGGAGGGUUGAAGGCAACCAUCAACAACCCCAAGGUCUCCGAUGAGGCCAAGGAGAGUGCGAAGGAGCGCUUGAACAAUAUGUGA